AUUUUUCGCCAAACUAUACAAAAACUUACAACUCUCUUUUCGUUUUUUCUGUACUCAUUCGACAAUGCGUUUUCUCAAAACCAGUUUUUUAAUCAUCUCUGCAAUGGCGGCAGCCGUCACUGCAUUAAAAGAAGCUCCUUCCACCUUGCAAGUUGGCAUUCUGAAGCGUGUUCCUCCUGAGCAAUGUAAACAAAAAUCUAGUAACGGGGACCAGUUAUCUAUGAAUUAUAUUGGCACAUUAUUCGAUACAGGUGCCAAGUUCGAUAGCAGUUAUGAUCGUAAUGAAGCUUUUACCUUCACGCUUGGCAGAGGUCAAGUUAUUCAAGGAUGGGAUCGAGGAUUGGUUGGCAUGUGCGUCGGUGAAAAACGAAAACUUGUCAUUCCACCUUCAAUGGGUUACGGUGAGCGUGGUGCUGGCAAUGUCAUUCCUCCAAAUGCAGCACUUGUUUUCGAGGUUCAAUUGGUGGACAUUAAAAAAGUGAGCACUGCACCCACCAUGAGAGCCAAUCAAACUCAACAAGAUAAGAUUCCCAGCUUUAUUUCCCCCUCCUUCUUAGUAAUCUCUGGAUUGGUUGUUCUACUGUUUUAUAUCGUCUUCAAGGUAGCUAAAAGGCAAGAUUUGGAAGAGACAAAGAAAAUAACUGUCGUGGAAUCUAGUGCUGCCACAGUUGAUGAGACAAGAGACACGAAAAAAGAAUAAAAAAUAAAGGCGAAAAAGCAAAGGUCUUUAUUUCUUCUCACCGGCCAAUGUAUCUGCUACAUUCUGUACGCUAUUUUUCACGGAUUGAGACGCUUGCUUUGCCAAACCGGGCUCUUCAGCGUUACGAGACGGUGAUUCAUCGUAAUCACCAAUUUUGAAUAAACCAGAUCCAGUUUUGCUACUGUUGCUUGAACUUGUGUCAUCAGUUUUCUGAGCUUGCUUUGAGUAAGGGUUCUUGAGUUGACCAAUAUCCAUUUUGAGAGACUUUAUGUAAAAUUAUAUGUAACUUGUAAUAGCAAAAGCACGAAAUAUUUACUUGCGUUUAAGUAUAUAUAAAGUGGAAAAAAAAAAGAGGCUGGUUUCAUCGAAACCUGCCUUUUUAUAUUUUUAAUAGCUCAAUAAACUAUGAUGCCGUCAUGCAUUCAUGCGAG